AUAAAUAGAACACUCUUAUAUCGGUAUUAUUAUAUACUUAGGUAUAGACAAAACAAGUGUAUCUUAAUAGAUAAUAGAAUAUAUGAAAAUGCAUUACCCAAUACAAUAAUAUAUCGAAACUUGAAAGGUAAGUAUUAAAGAUUUAUACAAGUCGUGUAAAGGUCAGAGUGGAUUUUCUUAUAAGGACCUAGCAGUUAGGUUAUCGAUGAAUGUAUCAAAUUUAAUAUUGUUCUUUGCAAAAUGAGGCCUAUUGAUUUGACAACGAGUGCCAUAAUAUGUGUAUUAUUAAUCACAUACUUUGAGAUCACACGGUUACUAUGCAAUAUUAUAAUUAUUCUAUAAGACUAUUAUUUUAUUGAUUGAAAAUUGUAUUAAGUAGUUGGCUGAUUUAUGUGACGGUUAAAAUAAUGUUAGCAAAUUGUUUAUUUGUGUAAAGCAUAAAUACUUUUUUAUUUUUUUUUUAUAAAUUGAAGUACAGAAUACGAUAUAAAUACUGUAAAAUUAUAAAGAAGAUGACGGAUAGCAAAGAUGAACUGGAAAUUGUGUCUACAAAUUUUGAAAUCGAUGAUAAUGAUGGUUGCUUACAAUCAAUUCGAGAUGCUGAUAAAAAAGCCGUAAAUAUUGCAAAAAUAAUAAUUCAAUUGAAGCAGGACUUAGCUAAUAUGAAAAAUGACUGUGGAGCCACAAAAUCGAAAGAAAUGGAAGUAUGUAAGGUACAAGAACAGUUAGCAGAAAUGGUGGCACAUUAUAAAAAAACUGUAGCUGAGGUACACAGCAUGGCUAAUACUAAUAACUUCGAUCUUGAAAACCUUGAAUGCCAAAAAAUUGACAUAGCUCAACUUACCAAUCCAAAAAAUUGCAUGACAUCAGUAGUCAAAGCAUCUGACAAAGAACUAAUUGCCCCGUGGAUAUUGAUUAACAAUGAACAAGAGUACCCAACGUUUUUUCGUUAUGAUCUAAAUAAUAAUGGAAUUAAAUUCAAUGAACACGACAAUGAGUCAAUUUGUUCGUGCAAUGAUGAAUCUGAAAAUUGUUGUUUGAGCGAUUGUGAAGAUAAAUGUAUCAUAACUGAUAAUUGCUAUACGCAUUCUAAAAAUUCAGAUACUGAUUGUAUAAAUGAAGGAUUUAAAAAUGAACUUAUGUCAAUGAAGGGAGGAAUAAAGAUAUUAAAUCAACAGAAUCGUGAUUUUCUGUGCAAACUUAACAGUGCUAAUCAACAAACACUUGCCUUAACAAAUUCUCUUAAAAAUAAGCUAGCUUCUGAGAAAUCUAAAGGAACAAAUGAUAAUAGCACAUGCUUUCCUGAUCACAACGAAUCGAAAUCACAACCGCAAGUCUUAAUGCUUGAAAUCAAUCGAUUAAAUGACGAAUUAAAGAGACUACAACGUGAUAAAUGCCAGAUCGAAUUAGCUAAAAAAGUAUUAAACAUAUCUGAGAACAUGUGUCCUAAUUGUGCAGAUACGAAAACUCUAUGCAAUGAUCUUGAACCCAAGACGGCGGAGUAUAAUAAAUUAUUGGCGGACUAUAACAAUAAGUUAUUAGAAAUUGCAGAUCUACGAAAUAUGUUGACCGAAGCUGAGUGUAACCAUAAGACUUGUGAGGGCCGUUUAACGAUAUUAAAAACACAAGUGUGCCAGUUACAAAAACAAUUGUUUGAAUUCAAUUCAGCCAAAUCCCACGAUCCUGAAGUGGCCAUUUCGAAUGAAAAAUAUUUGAUUGAGAGCUUGAGAAGUCGUCUGCUAGAGGCAACCGAGGAAAAAAAUAACAUGCAGACGGUACUCGAUUUUCAUCUGACCGAACUCGAGGAUAAAAAAUCAAAGUAUUUGGCAGUUCUCCAGACAAAUCAAGAACAAAAAUUUCGUAUUGAAAGUAUUUGUAAGGAAAAAAAUACAAUUGCUGAAGAAUAUGAAGCGGAGUUUAAUCGAAUGAAUGAUCAUCUAAAAUCAUGUCUCGAAGAGCUCGGGACAUUGCCUGGAUUAUUAGCAACAGCACAACGGGAUUUAGAAAAGGAGACGAUAGCUAGAACAGAUUUGGAAAAUGACCGUAUCAAUCUUUUGAAUGAAAUACAAUCAUUAAAGGCAAUUUUGGCGAACGAUGACGUGGAAAAUAAAGACAAAAAACUCAAAUCUCUAGAAGAAGAAAACAUACAAUUAAGAGCUAUGAUAUUGACUUUGGAAGCUAGUUUGGAGGAAAACAAACGACUAUACAAGGAACGAACCCACUAUUCGUUACAAUUGAAGGAGAAUUUAGAUCUUGUACGGAAAGAAGCAGCUCUACAAGUGACGAAAACCAAAAAUUUUACUGAAUGUCAGAUGCUCAAAUAUGUUGAAUAUAUAAAACAGUUGGAACAAAAGUUGGUCGAACACAGAGCAAUAGCAUGUUUAGAGUUUCAAAAACGUGACCAAAUUGAUGCACGUUUAAGAAAUCAAAUAGAAGUAUUGACUACAAAUUUAAAUGAAGCACAAAAACAAAUGGGAUAUAUAAUCAAAGCAAAAGAUUCAAUGGAAAAUAAAACCAAAGAAGAUGUAUGUAAUAUUCCCAGAGUAUUAAAUUCAGUAUGUAAUGCUUUAAAUACUCCAAACCAUUUAGAUAGGUUAAAAGACGAUUAAAGUAUGUGUUAAUAGCAAGCAAAAAUACUUCUGACAAAUUUAAAGUGUAUAUUUUUAUAAUAAUUGAAUGAUUAAUAAAUAUUAAACUUUUAUCUGAAAAUAAUAAUUAGGAAUACAUUUUAUAAGCUACUAUAUUUAACCAUAAUUAAAUAUUGUUUUUUUAA